GCCUAUCCAAUGCGCCAUAUGUCUCUGCGGCUAUACCGAACCCGCCUCGAUACCUGCGGUCAUAUCUACUGCCUGAAAUGCGUAUCCGACUAUAUCUUGUCGAGUAGCCUCGAUGGAUUCACUGCUUCGUGUCCUACUUGCCGGACCAAGUUCUGUAUUGGUGAAAAUCUUUCUCUUUCUGAGUCUCUCAAAUCCCUCCCCAAACAAUUCCACCGCUACAUUACUCCAAGCAUCCGGCGCGUCUUCGUCGAACCAGAGGCAUUCAAACAAAGACUUGAUGCAUUGGAGGCUCGCAACGCCACCCUCGAGCGAGACAACCGUGUCCUCAUGGCAGCGGUCGCGAAGAAGAAUCACCUGCAAAAAAUGAAGCGGUUGGAGGCAGAGAGGAAGAGUACGUGCGUGCAUGACGAUGCCAGGUACGUAUGCAUCAUCAUUGGCUUAUCGAAUCUCUUUACAUUGUUCGUAUUAGAUCCGAGGUAGCUCUUCCAAAGCGCGAGCAUCUCGAAGACGACGCUUCAUCGCAACCCUCCUGUUCUACGGCUUCGUCCAGAAUUUCGAGUUCACCGUGCCUGGAAUCCGUACGGCUGCUCUUCCCUGGCCUCUGAAUCUGAUUCACCGCAGGGAAGCUUCAUGUAAUUGCAGAUGUUAUAUUAUCAUACAAGGCAAAUAAACCUAGACCGAUAUCAAAGAAUCCAAUACGGAACGAGUGUAUCUGCCGAAGGCAUCGUACAGGGCGAGACCCGCAAUAGACCCUGCCAAUAUCAUCAAUCCAAAUAUAAAUGUGUUCGCCAACCACCUCAUGCGCGACGCAUUACGCUCCUCUCGAGGUACCCACGACAGGGACCCUGAACCCGUACGAGGUGUA